CGCCGAGGCGGGAGGCGGGGCCUGCCCAGCCUGGCCAAUGGGAGUAGGAAGCGCUGGGCGGGCGUUUGGCGCAUGGCGGAUUCCGUGCUGUUCGAGUUCCUGCACACGGAGAUGGUGGCGGAGCUGUGGGAUCACGACCCCGACUCCGACCCCACCCCGGGGGGACAGAAGCCGAGCCUGUCCGUGCUGGAGGGCAUGGGCUUCCGCGUGGGCCAGGCCCUGGGCGAGAGGCUGCCCCAGGACGCGCUGGCGCUCAGGGAGGAGCUGGAUGCGCUCAAGUUCCUGUGCAAAGACCUGUGGGUGGCCGUGUUCCAGAAGCAGGUGGACGGGCUGCGCACCAAUCACCAGGGGACCUACGUGCUGCAGGACAACAGCUUUCCCCUCCUGCUGCCCAUGGCCUCCGGCCUGCAGUAUCAGGAGGAAGCAGCCAAGUUCCUGGCCUUCCCCUGUGGCCUCCUGCGUGGCAGCCUGCACACCCUGGGCUUCAGGAGCUUGGUCACCGCCUCCGUGGCAGCCCUGCCCGCCUGUAAGUUCCAGGUGAUGAUCCAGAAACCCUGAGGGGCCUGGCCCCGGGCUGCGGGCCAGUGCCGUGGCGCUGAUGCGGGGGCCCCGGGCUGCGGGCCAGUGCCGUGGUGCUGAUGCGGGGGCCCCGGGCUGCGGGCCAGUGCCGUGGCGCUCAGGAAGUGGGCAUCGGAGGGAGGUGGGGGGUCCGUGAGGCAGGGUGGUCGCAGCCACCAUCGGUCAUGCGGGGGGGGGGGGGCAGGGCUGGUGGCCGGGUUGGGUGUCUCCCUCUGUGCCAGACUCAAUAAAGGUUCUGUGUGUGGCA